AUGACCCGGUCUUUUCUCAGAGAUGCUGCUGCGAUAGCAUCAACGAUAUGCCAUAUCGCUAAAGGCGUAGUAUUGUCGCCCAACGGUGCUAACCCAGCGGCUAGGCGCGGUCCACCUCGUCCAUGGUCUACGCAAGCGGUGGCUCGGGACUCAGCUCCAGGAAACAACGAUGGUGCCAGCCACUCACAGCUUCAUGUCUCUAUCAACCAAGACGAGCGCACGAGCGCCGACUUUAUACAGAAUGACACGCCCCCACCAAGCAGACCAUGGCCGAGCAAGAGCACCAAGACCACCGCUGCGCUCACGCCCGAAGUGCCGCUGACAAACGCACCCGAACCAUCGGCAGAGGCAUCCUCAACCUCAGCGAUCCCAUUGAAGCCACCUACACCUACUUCAAUACCAACACCGCCGGUGGCUCUACAUGACACAGAAGACGACAUUCCUAAGAAACCAGCACAACCAUCGCAAGCACCGCUGUCGAAGUCCCAGACGCCACCAGUAGAUGAUAUGACGGGUGGGCGCUCUCCUUCUCACCACGACACAAUCCAGGCGACAACUGAUUCGCCUUUUCAAACAGUGAAAUCGUCCGUAGACAAGCUCGAAACACCACCAAUACCCGAUGUUCCGUCAUUCGACCUCGAAGAAUACGAUGCCGUCAAAGAAUCAAAGCACGUGCCGUUGCGAGCUGCAAAGGUUCCCUCUUCGCGUCUAGGUCGUCUUUUUCACUAUGGCGGACUUGGCGCUGGCCUGGCUUUUGGGGCUGCUGGCUCUCUUCUCCGUGGUGCGUCGUCUAGCGGAGCCGAUGGAAAUGCAACUGGCAAUCUAUUCAUGUCGGAGCAGAACGUUGCCCGACUGGUCGACAAGCUCUCGACGAUGCGAGGAGCCGCUCUUAAGCUAGGCCAGUUCCUAUCCAUCCAAGAAACAAAGCUGCUGCCGCCGCAGAUCGAGCAGGUGCUGCUACGCGUGCAGAACAGCGCAAACUAUAUGCCGGUGUGGCAGAUGAACAAGGUCAUGAGCCAGGAGCUGGGUGGAUCCGACUGGCGACAACGACAUUUCAAGGAGUUUGAGGACAUCCCCUUCGCCAGCGCUUCAAUAGGACAGGUGCACUCUGCGGUGCUGCGCGACGACUUUGUCGAUCCAUCGAUGGCUGGUCAACGAGUGGCGGUCAAGGUACAGUUCCCUGGUGUGUUGGAGUCGAUCGAUUCGGAUCUUUCGUAUCUGCGCUGGCUUGUGUCAGCAUCUGCGCUGCUCCCAAAGGGCUUGUUCCUCGAAAACACGCUCCGGGUGUUAGGCAGAGAGCUCAAAGACGAGUGUGACUACAAGCGCGAAGCCGAGAUGGGUCGACGCUUUGGUGAGAUUCUGCAAGAUUCACCCGAGUUUGAGGUGCCGAAAGUGGUCGACAGUCUUUCUACAGGCAAAGUUCUGACAACACAGAUGAUGCGUGGUCGACCGCUUAGUCAGGCGUCUCGCUACCCACAGGCGACACGCGACCGUAUCGCGCAAUCGAUCCUCAAGCUCUCUUUGUCGGAACUCUUCCGCUUUCGCCUGAUGCAGACGGACCCGAAUUGGUCCAACUUUCUCUACAACGAGCGUACAGGAAAGAUUCAGCUGAUUGAUUUCGGAGCUACGCGCGAGUACUCGAAGGAGUUUAUGGACAACUGGCUGUACAUGUUGCAGGCGGCUAUUGAUGGAAAUUACGACGAGUGCCUCACGUGGUCAAGAAAGGUGGGCUACCUGACAGGCAACGAAAGUAAAGCAAUGGAGCGAGCUCACGUCGACUCGAUGAUCGCCCUCGGUGAGCCUUUCCGAGCAGACGCGCCGGAUCCGUAUCCGUUCGAGCACCAGACCAUAACGGACCGCGUGAAAGCGCAGAUUCCGUUAAUGCUUCGUGAACGACUCACGCCGCCACCGCAGGAGACGUACAGCUUGAAUCGCAAGCUCAGCGGCGCGUUCUUGCUAUGUGCCCGCCUCAAGGCGCACGUAAGCUGCAGUUCGCUCUUUGAAGCUGUCAAGGCAGACUACCGCUUCGGUCCAGAAAGCAAGGAUGUGCAUGCUCAAGCUGGGAGGACUGCUGGGAGGACUGGCGCUGUUGCUAGCCCUCCGCAGGCCAACAGUCCAUUCAACUCGUCCGAACAGCGCAGAUAUUUCCAUAGCGUCUUCCGAGCAGCGCAGCUUCAGCAGGACCAACGGACAAGACGAAAACACGGACGAAACCUGAUUGACCGCUUUCCACGCUCCAAAAUUAUGCUUUCGAGCGACCAGGGUAGCAAGGUUGGAUCUUGCGAAGUCGGAGACAGCGUCGAAUCGCUGGCUGCGAAUCCUACGGGGUCCAGCUCGAUCCAAGAGACGCCGGUCGACGCGGUCGAACCAGAGAGCAAAUUCGGAAUCAAUCUCGAACGGCAAGCUACCCCUGCUGAGGUGACGACAGCACCAACAACAGAAGCUGUACUGACAUGCUCAGAGUCACAGUCGAGCUUGGGUUCGACCACAAUACGGGGUAUCGCGAUCCCACUCAAGCCGCCUCCUCCUGGACCAGAGGAAUGCUGUAUGUCGGGAUGUGCACACUGCGCCUACGAUAUCUAUGCCGAGGAUUUGCAAGACUUUCACUCUCGCCUGUCGUCUGUCCGCACACAGCUUGCGCAGCUCUCUCCGCCGGUCACGCGCGAAGAGUGGCGUCAAGAUCUCUUGGGCGACUAUCCCUCGUCGGACAGCGAAGCGGGAGGCUCAGAAGAUGAUAUGAAAGAAAGGGCGCAACGCGAGGUGGACCGCGUCAUCAGCGAUCUGGAUCCUACGAUGAAGGCUUUUCUCGAGAUGGAACGCAAGCUGAAGAAGCAGGAGCAACAAAUGGGCAAGCAAAGUCAGGCGCUCUAG